CUCACACUCCCAGCUCACACUCCCAGUUCACACUCUCCCAGCUCACACACUCCCAGCUCAAACUCCCAGCUCACACCCUCCCAGCUCACACUCUCAGCUCACACUCCCAGCUCACACUCUCACGCUCCCAGCUCACACUCUCACACUCUCAGCUCACACUCUCACAUCUCACACUCUCACAUUCUCACUCUCUCCUAACCGUGCCCAUCGCGUUCCUCACGCCCGCCUGUCCUUGUGCUUUCUUUCAGACCAUUUCAAUUGUCUACAUAGUGACAGCCUUUGUGGGAGUUGAGGCCUGGUAUGCACCUUUCCUGUUUAAUUUCUUAUAUAGAGACCUAUUCACUGCAAUGAUUAUUGCCUGUGCUCUCACUGUGACGCUGCCCAUGAGCCUGUACAACUUCUACAAGGCCUAUAAAAACAACACCUUGAAGCACCACUCUGUGUAUGAGAUCCUGCUGCCCCUCGUGUCCCCGGUGCUGCUGUUCCUGCUCUGCACCACGUGGAUCUUCCUGUCCCCCUCUGACAUCCUGGAGGUCCAGCCCAGGCUCUUCUACUUCAUGGUUGGAACAGCCUUUGCCAACAUCUCUUGCCAGCUGAUCGUGUGCCAGAUGAGCAGCACGAGGUGCCGGCCCCUGCACUGGAUGCUGCUGCCCAUCGCGGCCGCGCUGCUGCUCGUCGCCUCGGGGCUGGCGGCCCACAGCGAGACGCUGCUGCUCUACCUGCUGACGGCCUUCCUCACCCUGGCACACAUCCACUACGGCGUGCUGGUGGUGAGCCAGCUGAGCAGGCACUUCAACAUCCGGCCCUUCUCCCUCAAGAAGCCCACCCCGGACUGA